AUGGAGAUUCAACAUCCGUCGCAUGAGUUUGCGACUCCUCAUCUUCAAUUUCAACAUUCUUCUCCGCACCGUCAACCGUCUGCGCCUGCGCCUGCGCCUAUUUCCGCUCCUCAGAUUGCCUACGAGCAGGGUCCAAUCCCCGCCAAUUCACUAAACGUCAUGGAACCAGCGCCAUGCCCGCAGCAGCUACCAAUCACUGAACAACCUUCUUCACUGCCAGAUUUCAAUAGGAUUCAACCAUCUCUAGCCCCAGCAAAUGAGCCUUCGCCACCUCCCGAACGUGACCAAGAUGAUGCCAGUUCAAUUCUAAGUGACCUGCCGUCGGAGCUUUGCGAACUUCCUGCUGAACUUCCAACUGAACUUGGUCCAAUCGAUUUUGACUGGGACGGCCCCGAAGGCCAUGAAGUUUUGCGACUUAAACCAACUGUUCAACAGUGGAGCGAUUUUUCAGCUAACCUUGCUUUUGCCCGGAGUCUCCAAGCCGAAAACCAUGGCUGCUUCAAAAUCGUCCUCCCAGAAGAACUUGUCGAGGACCUGCCAGAAAAGGACUCCCAAAAGGUUCCUGCAAACGCAUACCGACCCACCCAAAUUAAGAAGAACAGCUUCUGGCGAGUUGAGACUGUCUCCUCUGUAGGCAGCUUUAACUCAUCAGUCACCGGUCCCCAAUGCAAGGUUUCUGCCAUCCAGGCCAUCGAUCAGCUGAGAAAGUUGUACCGGAAGAAUGAUCGCAAACAAAUCCGCAAUGUGCGCUAUCGAGCGGAUGUCCCUGCGUGGACCCCCGAACAGCGACGCGAAGCUGGUGUUCCUGAACAGAGCCCAAUAUACCCUUUGAAAGGUGACAAGCUCGACAAGACCAAGGCCAUCAUCCCGGGAAUCCACACACCUUAUGUAUACGAAUCAGGGCCUUAUUUCGGUGCAAGCUUUCAGAUACACGCUGAGGACUUCAGACUCGUCUCACUAAACCACCUGUACAAAGGCCGAAAGAUUUGGAUUGUGGUCCCUUCUACAGCUGUCGACGUUGCUGAAGAGGCUCUUGGUCGAAAGGGCAAAUGUUCCCAGUUCAUGCGACAUCGAGCUGAGUUCUUCUUUCCUCAAAAGCUUGAAAAGUUGGGCAUACCCUUCCGCAUCAUCGACCAACGUCCUGGUGAGACCAUAGUGAUUCUGCCGGACGCAUAUCAUGAAGGAUUCAGCACUGGAUACAGCAUCGCUGAGGCCAAAAACUAUGCGGAUAAUGGUUGGACUACCGAAACAUACCAGGAAUGUGAAGUCAAGUGUAAGCUUGCCACAAUGAUUCCUGCGGAUUUAAUGCGGCCCUUGAAGGAUGGAGAGGCUCAGCUUGACCUUUGUUCGGGUUUCGAAUUACUGUCGAAAGACACACCACCGGCCACGCCACCAACAACACCGCCAUCUGCGAAUAUGAAAAGACGUCUCGAUGACGAAGGGCAGAAAGCUGAGAAUACUAAGCGGGUCAAGGCGUAG